CUAAAAUUUAUAGGUUAUAGGUUAAUGUCAAAAUAGACCUUUCCUUCGCUCAGAUAUAAUUCGUUUUUUUUUCCUCGAAUGUGCUUCGUCAGUUUGACAUAAACCGAUAAUGAAAACAAUCGGAUGAACAUUUUCUUUCGUCAACAAGUUGUCUGGCUUUAAACUGCGCCGGUUUUUUUACCGCUAGAAAUUUAACAUACAGAAUGAUUUGACGUAGUUUAUACUACUUUGACCAUGAUAGCUUAUUUUAUUUUUUUUUCUUGAAAUCCUUCGACUCCACAACAAUAUAGCCCUACACAUAUCAUUACUCUAUUCAACGUAUCCCAGGAUUUUGAAUUUUCUCACAGUAUAAUGAAUUGUUGUAUUCCUGUUUUUGGUUCAAAUAUAAUGAUAACAGCACUGUACAUCGACAUUGAAGAAGAACCGGAAGAAGUUAAGCAAAGGACGAUAUACAGUUGCUGGAAUAAUCUCCCAGACAUAUUGCUGGAAGAGAUUUUCUCAUACCUAACAAUCCGCGAGCGUUAUUACGCAUCGUUGGUUUGCAAGUCUUGGAACAAUGCAUUCAAGUUUCAAAGAGUUUGGUCAACGUUCAUUUUACAAGAUACCACGUUAACCAGGGGCAAAUUCAACUACUAUAGCGGUUGGGAGUAUAUUUUGGAUCACAUGAGAACUUCAAUGUGCCUGAAUAAAGUUGGAAGGCAUUUUAGAAACCUUAUCUUUGACCCGAUGUUGAAUUUCUAUAAUCUAUUCGAAUUUAUGAAUAUGAUAUCGUGGUAUGCCGAGAAACAAGGAUCUGAUAACACCUCUGUAGCUGGUGUGGGUACGCUCAUUAGGAGAUUAAAGUUCACCUUUCCAUGCAAUAUGGCAAACAGAGACGAUCCUGAAGGGGUCAGAGUCUUUGGAACUGGUGGAAAACUCCUGGAAGCCCUGCGGCGACUAAUGGCAAACUUGGCAAAUCUAAGAUGCUUAGAGCUUAUUGACUUGAUGUUGGAUAACAGAGAGGCGAUUUAUUUGCUGGAUGACGUUUGUGCAGUUUGCACAGAAACAUUGUCCAAACUUGUAUUGAUUAACACUUCGCGGUACAGGUGUCCCUUAAUUCAUGUUGGAAUGUUCCUCAACUUAAAAAUUCUUGUAAUCAGUCCGCAGAAUCUCCAUGAAGAUGUGAUAGAACUUAUCGGCUACACGAAACUCAAACACUUGCAUAUUGUACAAAAUAGAUAUAGUCCAGUGGACUCAACCAUUCAAUUGCCAAAAAGUAAUUCGUGGUUAAAGAUGAAAUUAAACAAUCCUCAUCUCAGGGUACACUUCGAAAUAGAAAGCUCAAAACCCAUUGAUUUAGUUUUGCCUAUCGAUGUAUUAUCUGAACACAGUGCCAUCCCAUGCCACAGCAUUGUUCUGGAUAAUCCAAAUACCAAGCAUUCAGCAUUUACGUUGGCAUCACACGGAGCCUUUUUCGAUUCGACGAUAAAAGUUUAUGCAUUUAAAGGACUGUCGAGAUAUUACCAGCACAAAAACUUUGCUAAAAGAUUGGAUGAAGCACUAGUUCGAUUCUGCAAAUCGUGCCCGAAACUUCACACAUUGAUGAUUCGUGAUAAAAUAUCAACAGCAACUAUCCUUGAGAUUGCAGCGACAACGAAGAACCUUCGCUAUUUAUUUGUUAGACGAAAUGUGAUUUUGAAAAGAUGCGAUAAGGGGUUAUCAACAAUGAAUGAUUGGCCGGCUGAGCAUUAUCAUUGGAUAAAAAUGAACAGUCGUAGUUACGAAGAUACGGAGAGGGAGGUUUCAAAAAUAUUUGGUUACCGUUGGCAUAUGCUGUCAGAAAAAGAAUUUAAAAAUCAGCGAAUUGAUUUGUACACCUGAAUAUCCUUGGUACGAACAUUUCAACGGUAAUUAACAAUGUAAAAUUACAACUUGACCGGAGAAAAAAAAAAUUCCUUGUAUCAUCGUCGGAAUUAUUAUCCAAUCAACAAUAAUGGUUUAUUUAAAUUUUGCUCAACUAAUAUCUACGGUACUAUUUUACUUAAUGUGUAAAAUAUAAAGGUGUAAGUUCAUAAAUUUUGAGAAUCUAGCAGAGGAUCGAGCUACCUCGCAUUUACGAUGAACCUUCAGGCCAGUUGCUCUUUGAACUAGUCAUACAACGGAGUACAAACAAUGAUUCAACAUUUAUCCCAGUUCCCAGGGUUUUAUUUACGUUAUUUAUUAAACUACUGUCUGAUGUAAGAGUGAAACUCACUUGAUAACUAAUUUUGAUUUAUAUUGCUUCAAUUUUGUUCAAUUUUUUUAUAACUAUAAAGUUAUAUAAAUGGAAAUGCACAUACUUGUUUUGAAGCAUCUCUGAUUUUUUCUAACAAAAAUGAUACAUUUUCUGAAGUCAUAAUGUCUCAUAUUUAUAUAUCGGAUUGUUACUGAAUAAAACUCAGACUGUUUGCAUUUGAAUGUUAAAGAA